GCUGCACAUCAAGUCCGUGGGACAUAUCUUCAGCCAAUUUUAUUAUCAGCUAAGCAUAAGCAUAAUGGGAUACUCCGAGGCCUACUGCCAUCUUUGCGGUGUCAGCUUUAACAUCGGUCGGGCUCGCGAUGUCGGAGAGCCCCACGUUGCCUCCUUUGGCAGCGACGAUAGCCUUUCCAUGGAGAUUGAGGAUCUAGAUCUCGCCAAGUGUGCUAAGAAGGGUUGCGUUUUCGCUCUCAAAUACCCAUACCCCGGAGAAAAUGAUGACGAUCUAGAGGUUGAUCCCGACUAUCAGCCUGAGGAGUGCGACGACGGAGCUGACGAGCCGUACGAAUAUGACUCCGAUUAUGAAUCGGAUAAUGCCAUGAGUGCCUCCGAAGACCAAGACGAUGACGAUCUUCAACAAGGCGAGACAUUCACUACGAAGGAUGAAGAAGAAGAAGAAGAAGAAGAAGAAGAAGAAGAAGAAGAAGAAGAAGAAGACGAAGAAGAAGAGUUGUACCACGACUUCCUCUCCAGCACACUCCGCACACUCAACCCAAAACACUACACCGGCGAACCCAUUGAAGUCCUAGCCUGUUCCUCAACAUCCGGAACAAAAAAAGACAUCCUGAUUCCAAUCACGUCCUCUGAAAUUCCGGAAGGCUACAACGCCGAAGACCUCGAACACAUCCCCGCCCGCACCUGCGGCCAACCCAACGCCUACCCAGGCUCGGCGAUUUCUGUUGCCGAAAUGCGCGGCUGCCGGACGGCCCAGUUCCUCGUGCAUAAAUCGCAGGCAAAGAGAGUGUGGAAGCCCGACGGAUUGCACGAGGACUGGGAGCCGGAUGCGGAGUGGUUCCUCUCCGGCGUGUGUGACGGGAUGCGAUCACGCGAUUGCGGGUAUCCGGAUGUCUGGCCCGCGCGGGGUGGGGUGGAAACUGUGAUCGCAGAUAAAAUUAGUUUCGUUCCGAUGGGCCCCCACGACCUUGCCAUGCCAUUCCACCCGUGGUGCUUCGACAUCUUCUCCCGCCAAUCGAAAUGGCACAUCAACAAGGUCAACGUCGACGGACUCAUCAAAUGGCGCAAUUCAGAGUGCAGCUACAAACAGUUCAAUGGGUUUCCGCGGGCGGGUGAUGUCCUUGAGUCGCGGGAGCAAUGGUGGGAUCAUAAACCCGGCAGAGAGUAUCUGGCUGCGAACCCGCUUUACGUGCCUGGCUUACCGGCGUUGCUCGCAGAGGCGACGGCCCAGGAGAAAGAGAUGAAUACUACCGAGUCCGUCAAGGAGCGGGCUUUCUCAGAUACCGGGGCAGUUGACCGCCUGAGCUCCCUCCCGCUAGACCUCCGUCUCCACAUCAUCAGCUUUCUCGACGCAGCAGACAUCACGCGCCUCCGCGCGGCGUCGCGAGCGUUUACGCACCUCCCCAACGGUGUCUGGUACCGACUCGUCCGAGACGAGAUGCCCUGGCUGUGGGAGGCCUGGGACGACUCGGAGGCCGAGCACACGCCCUCGUGGUGGACGACGGUCAAUGCGAACGAGGUCAAGUUUGUUAUUGACACGCAGAAUCACUACGCCAAGGUUUUUGGUGCCAAGCCGACAAAUCAGGAUGAUCUGGUGGACGCACUGGUUCUGUUGCCUGUUGUGGUGCCGGAGCAGGUGAGGCUGGAAAGGGCGAGCACCGAUUGGCAUCGGGUUUUUACUCGGGUCAAGAGUCAGUGGGCUCGGUUGAAGGGGUUGCGGAACCGGCGAAGGAUUUGGGAGGAUGUAGAGGAGAUUAUUCGUCGGAUUGAGCGAUGUGAAGGUAGUGGCUGAGAGCAUUCAUAUUCCAUGUUGUAAAUAUUGCCCCGCGGUAUAUGCAACAGGUGAACAGAUAUGUAGCGGUGAACUGCUCGCGUCUCUAUUUCUGUUCU